AUGGCAUCUAUGUUUCGGCCACCAGAAUCAGCUAGGAGCAAAUCAAAGUCUCCCAAGCUCACUUUGCCAUCGUCGCUCAAAAAUUCUUCCGGUGAGAUGGCCACCCCUGCUACCUUGGGCCCGAUUUCCAGCCUGGCCACUCCAAACUCGUCAUCCUCUUCACAAACACUUACGUUUCCGAGAGCUGAAAAAUCAUCGUCAUCUUCAUCUAUCAGCACACUGAAAAAACGACCGGCACCGCCGCCCAUUCCAUCUCUGGCUAUUCCAACGAGCGCUGGCGCAGGAACCCCGGAGUAUGGCGCCGUUACCGACUCAUUGACACGAUUGAAGCUCGAAGACGUAGAUAAAUACUCUGCAGGGACACCUACACGAGAGAGACUGUUUGAAAAAGGCUCUCAACCAUCGGUUGGCACGACCGGAUCGAUACCGCUGGUCGGAAAUGCCUUUGCAGAUGUAGAUACGCUAGACGAGGAAACAUGGCAAUCUGGGGCUGUCAAGGAUGACAUAAUCACUAUGGGAGUACUAGGAGAAGGAGCUGGUGGGUCUGUUACCAAAUGCAGGCUCAAAUCAGGGUCAAAGGUUUUUGCUUUGAAAACCAUCACAACGGUAAACUGUGAUCCAGAAACUCAAAAACAAGUUUUUCGGGAGCUACAAUUCAAUCGCAGCUGUAACUCGGAGUACAUCGUGCGAUAUUACGGGAUGUUCACGGCUUCAACGAGCUCGGCAAUUUAUAUCGCGAUGGAAUACAUGGGUGGUCGGUCGCUGGAUGCCAUUUAUAAGCACCUAUUGCAAAGAGGUGGUAGAAUUGGGGAGAAGAUUAUAGGGAAAAUUGCCGAGAGCGUCUUGAAAGGCCUUUCUUAUUUACAGGAGCGCAAAAUUAUACACCGAGACAUCAAGCCCCAGAACAUUCUUCUAAAUGAUGUGGGCCAAGUUAAACUAUGCGAUUUUGGCGUAAGCGGCGAAGCUGUCAAUUCUCUCGCCACCACUUUCACAGGAACCUCGUUUUACAUGGCCCCGGAGCGUAUCCAAGGACAGCCGUAUAGUGUCACCAGUGACGUCUGGUCCCUGGGGUUGACGCUGCUAGAAGUGGCCCAAGCGAAAUUUCCCUUCGACUCUGGGAAAAUGGCCGCGAACAUGCCUCCGAUCGAGCUACUGAUGAUGAUUUUGACUUUUACACCCGAACUCCGGGAUGCACCUGAACUCAAUAUCGUCUGGUCCAAAUCUUUCAAAUCGUUCAUUCAGUAUUGUCUCAACAAAGAGCCCAAAGACAGACCUUCGCCACGGCAGAUGCUGCAGCAUCCCUGGAUAGUGGGCCAGAUGAAGAAAUCUUGCAAUAUGCAUAAGUUUGUCCUCAGGUGCUGGGAGGAGUAA